GUCAUUUCCUCUGCGGAGAAGGCUAGCGAAGAGACGGUUUGGCGUUAGAACCACGGUUGGCGUCCAGCGCUCCUAAACGGGAGAAAUGAGCGACAGCGGGGAGCAGAACUACGGCGAGCGGGAGUCCCGUUCUGCUUCCAGAAGUGGAAGUGCUCAUGGUUCUGGCAAGUCUCCAAGGCAUUCCCCUGCUAGAUCUAGAUCCAAGGAGGGUUCAAGGCGAUCUAGGUCAAAAUCGAGAUCGAGAUCUGAAUCUCGAUCCAGAUCAAGGAGAAGUUCUCGCAGACAUUAUACAAGAUCACGUUCACGUUCUCGAUCCCACAGACGAUCAAGAAGCAGAUCUUAUAGCCGCGACUAUCGUCGCCGACAUAGUCACAGCCAUUCUCCCAUGUCUACUCGUCGGCGUCAUGUUGGCAACAGAGCAAAUCCAGACCCAAAUUGUUGUCUUGGAGUAUUUGGAUUAAGCCUAUAUACAACAGAAAGAGAUCUGAGAGAAGUAUUUUAAUACGGUCCAAUUGCUGAUGUUUCUAUUGUAUAUGACCAACAGUCUCGACGUUCUAGAGGAUUUGCUUUCGUUUAUUUUGAAAGUGUUGAUGAUGCUAAGGAGGCAAAAGAAAGAGCCAAUGGAAUGGAGCUUGAUGGGAGAAGAAUCAGAGUUGAUUUCUCAAUAACAAAAAGGCCCCACACACCUACUCCUGGAAUUUAUAUGGGGAGACCUACUUAUGGUAGUUCCCGACGGAGAGACUAUUAUGACAGAGGUUAUGACAGAGGCUAUGAUGACCGUGACUAUUAUAGUAGAUCAUACAGAGGAGGUGGAGGUGGAGGAGGAUGGCGGGGUGCCCAAGAUAGGGAUCAGAUGUACAGGAGAAGAUCACCAUCUCCAUAUUAUAGCCGAGGGGGUUAUAGAUCCCGUUCCCCUCGAUCCUACUCACCUCGUAAGUAA